ACCUACGUCCACAUCCCUUUCGGUUUCCCCUCCUGCUCCAAUAAAUUUCCUCCCGAUCGUUUCCUGCCCGCGUUGAUUGCGUCGGCGCCCCAGCGCACGCGCACGCCAAGUUUUACCACCACGGCCGGGCGGCUGGCCACACGCGACGCGUAGACAUAGACACGGGCAGGCAAUCAGGCGCCGCUCCUCUUCUCCUGCAGCGCGCGCGGCACAGGGAAAGGAAGGGCGGCGAGCGAUGGCGGGGCUGCAGCGGUCCAGCGGCACGUUCCGGCGGUCGGGGUCGUCGGGGAUGGUGUGGGACGGCGACAGCCACCUGUCCGGGGAGAUCAAGCCCGUGCGGGUCGAGCGGAGCCGCUCCACGGGCCACGCCGGGUACAGGGCGUCCGCCGGCCGCGUCUCGCCGGCGCUCGACCCGCCCUCGCCCCGCGUCGCCGUCUGCGGCUUCUGCGCCUGCUUCCGCGGCGGCAAGUCAAAGGCGGCCAAGAAGAGCAACGGCGGCAAGGCAAAGGCGGCCAAGCCCAAGGCUCGAACGGCCGCCGGUUCACCACCGAGACCGAAGGCGAGGCGAGCCAGUGGCUGAUCCGUCUCUACUCUACGUCCCUGCAGCCCGCCUGCACUGCUCAAUCUCCACAUCGGCUAUGUUCAGAGCCAAGACUGCCCGAUUUUCUGGAAUAUGGAAUCAUGGCGUUUUCUUUCUUGCUGGGCGUUGCGGAAAAGACCAAUCAUCUCACACUUUCCUCUGCCGCUUUCUUUGACACGCGGACAUUUGUGUUUGCUGUUUCUACUUGACUUAUGAGCUUCAAUCUUAUCGCUCGGCAGAAUAGUUCUGGCAUAAAUUGAAAAUAUGUGAGGACAAAUCCUACUAAUUAA